CACCGGCUUCCUUGCAUCAUUUUUUCAUUAUUAUCUGCUGAAAAACCUCAAUAAAGAACACCAGACAGCUCCAAUUAUGCCGAUCAUAACUGUACAAAGAGACAUUCUAUUCAAAAGAUUGGGUAAAACAUACACCAGUGAAGAAUUUGAUGAGUUGUGCUUUGAAUUCGGUCUGGAGUUAGAUGAUGUAAUUGAGGAAGAAAAGCAACAACCAGAUGGGAGUGUACAGAAGGUUGUUGAAUAUAAAGUUGAGAUUCCAGCAAAUAGAUAUGACUUGUUGUGUCUGGAAGGUCUGGUGAGGGGACUUCAGGUCUUUCUCUCUCGGAUUUCUGCACCGAGGUAUCAAGCUGUUGCACCUGCAAAUGGUGGUUCAAGACAGAAGCUGGUUAUCCAGCCUGAGACUGCCCAGGUGCGACCGCAUGCGGUUGCUGCGGUUCUGAGGAACAUCACCUUUGAUGAGGACAGGUACAACAGCUUCAUUGAACUACAGGACAAGCUGCAUCAGAAUAUUUGCAGGAAAAGGGCUUUAGUAGCAAUUGGUACCCAUGAUUUAGACACAAUCUCAGGUCCAUUCUUCUACACGGCCAAGGCACCGAACGACAUCAAGUUCAAGCCACUCAAUCAGACCAAAGAGUUCACUGCUGCUGAGCAGAUGGAGUUAUAUUCUGGUGAUAGUCAUCUCCGACAUUAUCUCCCGAUCAUCCGAGACAAGCCUGUCUACCCUGUCAUCUAUGACAGCAAUGGAGUUGUUCUAUCUAUGCCUCCCAUUAUCAAUGGGGACCACUCCAAAAUUCACCUGGGUACAAAGAAUGUUUUCAUUGAGUGCACCGCUACAGAUCUGACGAAAGCCAAGAUUGUCCUGGACAUACUGAUCACGAUGUUCUCCGAGUAUUGUAAGGCACCAUUCACAGUGGAGUCUGCUGAAGUUGUACAACCUGAUGGAACUAGUGUCAUAUACCCUGAAUUAAAGUAUCGAGAAGAAUUAAUCAGUGUAGAAGAAAUCAACAAGAAAGUUGGAAUCAGCAUAUCUGCAGAGGAAAUAGCUAAACUCUUAACAAAAAUGUGUUUGAAGUCGAAGCCAAUGGAAGGUGGUCAGAUGGUCAGUGUAGAAAUACCACCAACAAGAGCAGAUGUGAUCCAUGCGUGUGAUAUCAUCGAAGAUGUCGCCAUUGCUUUUGGAUUCGACAACAUUAAGCAGACGAUACCACAUACGAACUGUAUUGCUGACCAAUUCGCUAUCAACAGACUGACCGAUCUUUUACGGACCGAUAUAGCUGCUGCUGGAUUUACUGAAGUUCUCACAUUUGCCUUGUGUUCCAAGGAUGACAUCUCAGACAAAUUAAACAAGACCAUUGCUAGUACAAAUGCUGUUCAUAUCGCCAACCCAAAGACGUUAGAAUUUCAAGUUGCUAGGACAACGCUUUUACCUGGCAUCCUCAAGACGAUUCACUGCAACAGGAAGAUGCCACUCCCGCUGAAACUGUUUGAAAUCUCAGAUAUUGUGGUGCAAAAUAAAGAUAAAGAUGUGGGAGCCAGCAAUCAUCGGCGUUUCUGUGCAGUCUACUACAACAAGAUCCCCGCGUUUGAGGUGAUUCAGGGGCUGUUGGAUAGGACCAUGCAGCUCCUGGAGGUGCCAUUCAGGACUGGAUACCACCUGAAACCCUGUGAAGACGCGACCUACUUCCCAGGACGAUGUGCUGAAAUAGUCGUGAAAGGAAAGACGAUAGGAACGAUUGGUGUGCUUCAUCCAGAUGUUAUCGAUAAGUUCGACUUGAAUCUUCCAUGCUCGGCAUUUGAACUUGACUUGGAACCAUUCCUAUAGGUGGCAGGCCUACCAGACUUUGGUGGUGGUGCGGUGCAAUGACUAAAAUUGAAUUGUGACAUUACAAAUGUAGCUUAUUUCUUUGGAAGAUUUCCAUAUUUUCUCAUGAAUCUUUCCAAUCUGUCUCGUGGACAUCUGCCUCCACUAUCACCGUCCCACUAAUACCAUCAUUAUGACGGUGAUGUUCAUAAAGUGGGGAAAGAACUGAGUGAGGAAAACUCGUCAUGAAGAACAGCAAGUGUUGUACCCUUCAGAACAUAAUGGAUUCCUAUUAGGCAUUAAAAUACAAAAUGCACAGCCAGUAGAUUAGAUAAUCGAAGUUCGAAAUCUGAAAAUUGUGGCAUGAAAUAAAUUAUGAUGUAUGAUUGUCAGUUCCUUAUAUAAUGGAGGACUAUCACGCUUCUCUUAUUGAGCUUUCAGAUGUGUGUCAUUGUUUCUUAAGAGUCGCAUACAUUUCUUUAGCAUGAUGCUAUUAGCGAAAGUGUAGUAAUUAUGUGCUUUCACCACAUUGAUUCUUA